AUGACUAAGGUGGUGCUGGUGACGGGAGCCUCUCGAGGCAUUGGAAGGGCUAUUGUGGACGACCUGUUGAAGCGUGAGAACGACGCUGCUGUAUACGGUGUUGCAAGGUCUGAAGAACUGCUGAAGAAGAUUAAAGAGAAGUAUGGGAAUAGGUUUUACUAUGUUGCUGGAGACAUCACUGACGAUAGUGUGCUUGAAAAGCUGGUCAAUGACGCAGUUGAAAGACAUGGCCAUAUUGACUCUGUAAUCGCUAAUGCCGGGGUGCUAGAACCGGUCCAGGAUGUUUCUAAGCUGGAGGUUGCCUCCUGGAAGAAACUGUUCGAUGUGAACUUCUUCAGUGUUGUGUCUCUCACAUCAAAAGUGAUUCCUUACCUUUCUAAGGUCCACGGAAACCUAAUCUUUGUCAGUUCAGGUGCUAGCGUGAAACCCUACUACGCUUGGGGUGCGUAUGGAUCCUCUAAGGCAGCACUGAACCAUUUUGCAAUGACCAUUGCGGCGGAAACGUCCCAAGUCAGGUCUAUCGCGAUAGCCCCGGGGGUCGUCGACACCCAGAUGCAGGUUGACAUCACAGAGGUUCUGGGACCUAACGCAAUGACUCCUGAAGCUCUCCAGAGGUUUAUCGAGCUCAGGAAGAACAGGGAACUGCUGCCACCCUCUGUGCCAGCCGCCGUCUACGGAAAGCUUGCUCUCGAGGGCAUCCCAGCCGAGCUAAGUGGCCAAUACCUCAGAUAUAACGACAAGAGACUCCAUCCACCAGGGAAUGACUCAUAG